AUGACAUUCAUUCGUGGACAAUUUUUUAAAUAUACCUUGGUCAUCGGUGGCAUCACGGUGCUCGACUCCAAGAUCGAAGAAGUGGAGAUUGAGGUCGACGUAUGGGAGGAUGAGCUUCUCCUUGAUCAGAUCCCAGAUGAUUCUGGUCAUCUCAUCUCCUUGCAUCUCGACGAUGUCUCCUCCUUGAAUCUUUUGAGCCGCCAUUGCGCCAGUCACACUUUACUUCUUCUUGUUUCCAGUGAUGUGAAGGAUUCCACUUCCGUCCAACUUGCUCUUGAUUGUCGAUGGAUCGGUUCCAUUUGGAAGUCUGUAGCAUCUGGUGAUGCUGCGAGUGAUACUUCCGAACUUGUCAUCCUUGGUGGUGUGAGCCAUGUGGAUCUCAAGGAAGUCUCCAAUAUUCUUCACAUCAAUCUCCUUUGGCUCAAAGUUGAAGGCUUCGAGUCCGACCUCAAAGUGGUCUUCGUAUUCGAGAACCUGGAAAUGAAUGAAUUAGUUAUUGAGCAAUAA